AAAGCUUCCCGAGAGCCAUGGUUGGUCCAGGCAGGCAAUCGGAGCACCUCAUGGAGCGGCUGCUAACCCAGGGUGGGGUGGGGUGGGGUGGAGGGGUCUGUUUGUAGUACUCUCAGUCCUGAUGUCACAGGCGCGGCAAGGACAUCGCAAGGAGGAGUCGGAUUACAGUAAGGAUGGGCAGUGCAGCAGGCAGCCCCAGCGCACUCUCCAGCCGCCGGGGAUCUUAGCCCUGGAAAGGCAGGCUGCAAGGCGCUCAUCCCGCGGAGGAGGCACGCUCUCGGCGCUCACUGCUCUCCACGCCGGGGACAUUUCCACCGAAUGUAGCAUGAAACGGCUCUGCUCUGCGUGCCAGCCUUGGGUGAGAGCUGAUACUGAAGACAACGCGGUGGGAUUCCAGCUGUCUGAUUAAUGAGAACCAGAAUGUAUUUUGGUGGUACAUGCCAGAGUCCUGCUCUCCCGGCCCUUGUCCGUCCACCAGCCCCUCCUCUGCAACCAUCGCUGGAUAUUAAACCAUUUCUUCCCUUUCCUCUUGACACUGCAGCUGCAGUCAACCUGUUCCCCAAUUUCAAUGCGAUGGACCCGAUUCAGAAAGCUGUAAUAAACCAUACAUUCGGGGUUCCUCUUCCCCAUCGAAGAAAGCAAAUCAUAUCAUGCAACAUUUGCCAGUUGAGAUUUAAUUCUGAUAGCCAGGCUGCGGCCCACUACAAAGGCACGAAACAUGCCAAGAAGCUCAAAGCACUGGAAGCCAUGAAAAAUAAGCAGAAAUCUGUAACUGCCAAGGACAGCGCAAAGACUACCUUCACCUCCAUCACUACCAAUACCAUCAAUACCAGCUCUGACAAAACAGAUGGUACUGCAGGGACACCAGCAAUAUCAACGACGACAACUGUGGAAAUCCGCAAAAGCAGUGUUAUGACAACUGAGAUCACCUCUAAAGUGGAAAAAAGCCCAACGACAGCCACUGGCAAUAGCUCAUGUCCUUCUACUGAGACCGAGGAAGAAAAGGCAAAACGGCUUCUUUACUGUUCGCUAUGCAAGGUUGCUGUCAACUCCGCCUCGCAGCUGGAGGCGCACAACAGUGGUACUAAGCACAAAACCAUGCUGGAAGCCCGGAAUGGAAGUGGCACUAUCAAAGCCUUUCCUAGGGCAGGAGUGAAAGGCAAAGGACCUGUUAAUAAAGGAAAUACAGGCCUCCAAAAUAAAACAUUUCACUGUGAAAUCUGUGAUGUGCACGUCAACUCGGAAACACAACUUAAACAGCACAUUAGCAGUAGAAGGCACAAAGACAGAGCUGCUGGGAAGCCCCCGAAACCUAAAUACAGUCCUUACAACAAACUACAGAAGACAGCACAUCCACUGGGGGUAAAAUUAGUAUUUUCAAAAGAACCUUCAAAGCCAUUGGCUCCACGAAUUCUACCAAAUCCUCUAGCAGCUGCAGCAGCUGCAGCAGCAGUGGCAGUGAGUUCCCCCUUCAGUCUUCGAACUGCUCCAGCAGCAACACUGUUCCAGACUUCUGCGCUUCCUCCAGCACUCCUGCGGCCAGCUCCUGGACCCAUUCGGACCGCCCACACUCCUGUGCUGUUUGCUCCUUACUGAAUUCCAAAUAGGAGUAAUUGUACUGCAAUAAUUUUUCAAAAAACAAAAAACAAAACAAACAAAAGA